UCCAACGAACAGCAAACUAUCAAAUUGCACCGCCUUCCUCUUCUUCUGCAAUCCCUUAAACUUCUCUUAUAUCUUAUAAAUGGUACACACCCUUUCGACGACCAUAUAUCUAUCCAUUUAUCCAUCUAUCCUUCUAAUUCAUCUAUCUAUCCAUUCAUCUUUCUUUCUUUCUAUCCUUCUAUCCCUCUAUCCUUCUAUCCAUUUUAUUCAUCUAUCAAUCUAUCUAACCAUCUAUUUCAUAUCAAUCCAUUUUUUUUCUUCAACAUUAAUAUAGUCAAAUGUUUUCAGGCGGGAGAUUUGCUA